AUGUCGCAACCGCCGUCUAAAAAAUCCUUCUUCCCCAGCCCUGUCGCCGCGUUGAAAAGGUCCAGACCUCCCCCAAAGCCGACAAGCAAGGAUGACGCGAUCAGAUGGGCCGCAGGGCAACCAGCUCCCAAUAAUGUUCCAACUAGCAGUGACGUUCCAUUCGGCGGUCGAGUUCCACCCAGCCAGCAACUUCGCCCUCAACCUCCAAGACUCUCAUCACUCGCAGAGACGCCGGAGCCUGGACAAGUACCGCCCGGAGCCCCUCAGGAUUUCGGCCGUCCAGGCGAAGACAACCUCACGGAGAAUCUGCCACGGCAAAUGAACACUGGGACAGGCGGGGCGGAGACACCUGCAUAUGUCCAAGCAUUCCUCGAUGCUGGAAAGCCAACGCCGCCGCCCGCAGGGUCGAGUGGAACUCUCCGCCCAAGCCGCCCAACCAGGCCAGUGCCACCGACACCCGGUGGAACUCCCCGCCCGAGCCGCCCAACCAGGCCAGUGCCACCGACGCCGGAACCGCAACCGCAAGCUGGACCUUCCCAGCCGCGCGCGGGACCAUCUCAGUAG